AUGAUUCAACGUAGGAAGACUGGCAUUUGGAAACCCAUCCGUGUAAAGACAUAUACCUCCAGAUACGCACAGAUCACUGGGUCUGCGCAUCUUCAGGAAGCUACAUUUGGUAGUGGCAAUGUCAUAGCCACUGGUAUAUACGGCAAUGACAGCACCGUUACCAUCGAAGUUAAAGGACAAGGUCGAGAUCAAUGGGUAUCUUUCUAUCACCAGAAUAUUGACGACAUGGGCUUCGGCGAUCAGCUAUUUGGACAACCUGAUCGCAUCAAUGGGACGUGGCACUUGCGCCGCAUUAGCAGUGUUGUAGUCAACGGAGAUACCAGUCUUGUGCACAUAUUGUACCAGAAGGACACACACAAAGGUGUAAUUCUGUCCAACCCUCUCCUACUUCCUCUGCAGAAGGGAAAGAACACAAUUACGUUUGGUGGGCCUUACAAUGGCUUCGACUAUAAGCCGCUGAUCUCGGUCGGAUUGUCGUUUACCCUCCCGAGGAAAUUUGGGAGUAACGGUCCUUCCUUGAAGCACUCAAUUUCUGGUAGUAGGACUGGUACGCACGACUCGUCCCGAGCCUUCCGGCGGUACUUAACCUUUAGCUUAAGUUUGCUUUAG